AUGAUCGGUGACAACAGAAGCCGCCUGACACGCAGGAUCGUCGACAUCGGCGCAAUACUCGUGGUGCUGCAGCAGACUUGCGGCGCGAGUGCGACGAUGUUUCACGCCAAAUCGGUGAUCGGCGGAUUCGGUUUGACCACAGAAAUCGCUGACUACGGCAGGGCGCACACCAAAGCAGUGCAGUUGCAGUGCGGCGUUAUAGAAGCGCGCGGACAUGCACUGCAUCCACGCCGCAAAAGCGCGCCAAAACACACCAAAGAUGUGCAGUGGAUGUGCGGCGUUAUCAUUAAUUGA